UGCAAGUAGUUGGCGAUUAUCAAAUCAAAGGUCAAAAGACAAUGUCUACAAAUUUUCAAUUAUUUGCACGGUUUGUGUGGCUCUUAAGAGUGGAGCCCUAUAUGUUAGUAUUCGCCACAUUUCAGUACUUCAGGUCUACUCCACUAGAAGUCCUAAUUCAGGACAAACUUUGUCGCAAUAAGUAUAAUAUGAGUGAAGCGUUUUGCUUAAACUUGCCGUUUAUGAAAGACAAUGAGCCGGACAGUGACAUCAAGUCUAUAUGGUGGUCACCUAUUGUUACUGGGGCCCGCAAUGGACCCGUGAUAAAGACCCGGGUACCUAACUAUUCAUGCGAGCCCGAGCGUUUUAUUAAAAGUAACAGUCGAUGCGUUUACGACCUCAACGUGCUCAAUACAAUCAACUCGUAUUACUUUAGCUUAGAUAUUAACUGGAUAUUAGUGUCGUUCAUACCCUAUAUACUGUCCGGUUCCAUGACAUGGACCACCGCCUACUCAUAUGUAUCGGCUAUUACUCCACUGAAAUACCGUACAAUUCGUAUGACUAUUCUCGAAGUACUGAUAGCAUUAGCGACGGGCCGGGUAUGUGAGGCUCCAGAUAUGGCUGGUUAUUGCGGCGAUGUUCUGUUCGUACUUCAUAUCCCGCCGUGGACC